AUGGCGGAGGUCUGUGGAUGGAUGAAUGUUGGAGGCGUGGCCUCAUGGUUUCCUUGGUUACUGCAGGUGAUUCAGCAAGCUCUGAGCCGCCAGCCCAACACAGCAGCGCAGUACUUGCAGCAGAUGUACGCCGCCCAGCAGCAGCACCUCAUGCUGCAAUCAGCAGCUCUACAGCAGCAGCACCUGACCAGCGCCCAGCUCCAGAGUCUGGCAUCAGCACAGCAGGUCACCCUGUGCUGUAUAUGGCAGGGUCCAUGUUGGGGUAUGGGGGUGCACCCCUCCUGUAUACAUGUCUUACUCGAUGUCUCCUCUCCCCAGAUUAUCCAGCGCCCGCAGACUGUCGGCUCCACACCAGCUCAAGCUUCCGGAAUCACCCAGCAGGCCGUUCUGUUGGGAAAUGCGUCUUCCCCGGCACUGAGCACCAGCCAGGCACAGAUGUACCUCCGGGCACAGAUGCUUAUAUUUACCCCUACGGUCAGCAGCAUCCAAUCUGAUGUCAGCUCUGCGUCCUCCUCCCAGCCUCCGCCUAUCAGUACUCAGGUCCAGAAUCUCACCGUGCGGGGUGCGAUUGGUGAGACGGGAGCUCUGAAUCAGACGCAGCUCCCUACCCUGGCUAUGAAGCCUGCCACCCUGAGCCUCCAUCCUGUGAUCAAACCUGCCGGGUGUGUAGGCAGCCAUACCGCAGACACCACCAAGAAAGGGGAAUCGCCAGCAACAGACAGCCAGGCGCCAACAAACCGGACUACCGUCGCCACACACGCGGUUAUGACUCCAGCUUAUCCUCCUCAGCUUGUCCCGGAACCAAAGCCGGUUCUGCAUCAGUUGGUCAUCCAGAACCGUCCUCACAGUCAGCCCCGCCCUCUGCUGCCCCUCACCCACCAGCCUCAGGUGUCCCAGGGUCUCUCCUCUCCACCAAUCACAUCCCAAGCUCCGCUGGUACCGGCUUCCUCAUGCGUGGAGUCCGACAAGCAGAAAUCCAACCCCGUUCUUCCCCUGCUCCCGCAGCGUCCAACCUUCGGAGGACAAGAUGGCGCCGUCCAGUGCAGACUUCUCCCGGCCAGCUCAGCCGUCAUCUUUCAGAUCCCGCGGGCCGUGCUGCUGGUGUUCAGCCUCUCCGGCCUGCGAGUCUUCAGAAACACGGCGAUGCCGGGAGCGCCGGGGCUGGAAAGUGCUCGGCAGCAAACGUUUCACCAGAAUGGAGUCUCUUAUCCUCCUCAGCUUGUCCCGGAACCAAAGCCGGUUCUGCAUCAGUUGGUCAUCCAGAACCGUCCUCACAGUCAGCCCCGCCCUCUGCUGCCCCUCACCCACCAGCCUCAGGUGUCCCAGGGUCUCUCCUCUCCACCAAUCACAUCCCAAGCUCCGCUGGUACCGGCUUCCUCAUGCGUGGAGUCCGACAAGCAGAAAUCCAACCCCGUUCUUCCCCUGCUCCCGCAGCGUCCAACCUUCGGAGGACAAGAUGGCGCCGUCCAGUGCAGACUUCUCCCGGCCAGCUCAGCCGUCAUCUUUCAGAUCCCGCGGGCCGUGACUCCUCCACAGCAAGACAAUCCACAGAAAUCGUGCCACCCGCACCGAGGCCACCGACAGCCACCGACCCGGAUACCAGCCGCUGCACACACCAACCAUCUGCAGGACAAGCCACACGGAUACAGCCUCAUCCCUUCCUACCAGAGGAUCAGACCUACUACAUACAGCAGAGGCCAGGAGUCACAGACAACCUCACUCCAGCAGAGGCCAGGAGUCACAGACAACCUCACUCCAGCAGAGGCCAGGAGUCACAGACAACCUCACUCCAGCAGAGGCCAGGAGUCCGAGACAACCUCACUCCAGCAGAGGCCAGGAGUCAGAGACAACCUCACUCCAGCAGAGGCCAGGAGUCAGAGGCAACCUCACUCCAGCAGAGGCCAGGAGUCCGAGACAACCUCACUCCAGCAGAGGCCAGGAGUCCGAGACAACCUCACUCCAGCAGAGGCCAGGAGUCAGAGGCAACCUCACUCCAGCAGAGGCCAGGAAUCCGAGACAACCUCACUCCAGCAGAGGCCAGGAGUCCGAGACAACCUCACUCCAGCAGAGGCCAGGAGUCUGAGACAACCUCACUCCAGCAGAGGCCAGGAGUCCGAGAUAACCUCACUCCAGCAGAGGCCAGGAGUCCGAGACAGCCCAGUAGCAGAAGGCUGGUAUACAGACCACUGUAAGGCCCUGACCUCCACUUUUUGGCACGGACUCCUCAUUGUGGAGAAGUUGCAGCUGCUCAUCUUGUGUUUUCACAAAAGUACAAAGCAGGUGGGUGAGAUGAUGAAGUAUUACUCCAGCCAGACCCAGCAGAGCUCUUCUCCUCCCUUGGACAUGACAUCGGGAAAUGGCUCCUCGCCUCUACCUGCGGCAGCCCCAGGCAGCACCCCUCAGAACGCUGAGAACAAACCACCCCAGGCUGUGGUCAGACCGCAGAUCCUCACUCAUGUCAUCGAAGGCUUCGUCAUCCAGGAGGGGGCCCAGCCGUUCCCGUCACACAGGAGCAGAGCUGCCCUGGAGGUGGGGCGCUCCUCCCUACUGGUGGCGGCCCAAGAGAAGUGUCAGCUUCUGGCUGAAAAACUGCCCCAGCAGGACAACAACACCACCACAGACUCUGAGAUGGAGGAGCCCAGUGUACCAGAAUCAAAGAGCGAUGGCGAUCCUCCUAAACUGAAGUGUGAGCUCUGUGGUCGGGUGGACUUGGAGUACAAAUUUAAACGUUCCAAGAGGUUCUGUUCCAUGGCCUGUGCAAAGAGGGUGUCAGGAUCCGUCACUCCCUCCAGUGUAACCCCUCUGUCCGUCUCCUCCACCCUCAAACACACCAAUAGCCAAGAGGAGUCCAGUCGCUGCUCUGAAAACUCCAGCUAUGAGGAGCCAUUGUCUCCAAUCUCUGCCAGCUCCUCCCUCCCCUGCCAGCACCACCAAGACAUGGAGAUGACCGACCUCCACCCCGGGGACACUCUACACAUCAACCACAACUUCUUACCCAGCGACCCAACCAAGUGGAACGUGGAGGAUGUCUACGAAUUCAUCCGCUCCUUGCCAGGCUGUCAGGAAAUCUCGGAGGAGUUCCGGGUACAAGAGAUUGACGGCCAGGCUCUGCUUCUUCUUAAAGAGGACCACCUCAUGAGCGCUAUGAACAUUAAACUGGGCCCGGCCCUGAAGAUCUACGCUCGUAUCACGAUGCUAAAAGACUCCUGACCACAGUGACUGCCGGGCAGAGGCGGAGCCGAGGACGCUUAUUUAUAGACAUUUUCUUUUAUACCUUCUUUGUAUUUUUAUGAAAACAAAUUCUCUAUUUUGCGAUGAAUAUCUCCGUCCCGCCAGAAGUUAUU